CUUUUGUACACAUUAUAUCGCGAUUUGCUAUCCAUUUUACCAAUGAAUUUAGUAAAAUAAAACGAAGGUCAACAUAAAAGAUAGGAGGAACACAUCGGCUUGGGAAAAAAAGCAAAAAAGAAAAAAGAAGCAAGUAAAAAGUGCGAUCCUUUUUAUUCCUCUUUUUUUAUUCUCUUGCUGCUUGAAUUCCCCUAUUCCGUUCCUUAGAUCCCCUUCUUUUUUUUUCAUUUGUUUGUUGUUACCUCAUCUUUCAUUCAAGUUGCUACAAUGCACAAAGCCGUGGUAUCUCUUGCGUUGCUGCAGAUUCCUCUGUGUUUAGCCGCCAGCAUUAAGAAUCUCGUAGUUUUCGGCGACUCUUACUCAGACGUUGGCAAUUCUCAGCGAUGGAGCAACGGUCCUCUUUGGAGUGAAAAUGUGGCCGCAGGUUGGAAUGCGUCGUUGUUCAGUUUUGCCUACAGUGGGGCUGUAUGCGAUAACAAUCUGUAUCCGGAACCAGUGGAUACCAACGAAUGGAUACCCAGCAUAAAAGACCAAAUUGAAGCCUACUACAAUUUGCAACUCAAUCACGACCCAGAGGAAACAGCUUUCGCUAUUUGGGUGGGCGUCAAUGACAUUCACCGGGCCUACGAACAACAACAAGGCACUCUGUUACUUCCUGACUUUAGAUCUGUGGCCGACUGUAUUGGACAGCAACUGCGAAGCGUACGCAAGGUGUUCAAUUCGAACCAUCUGAUCCUGUUCAAUGUCCCACCACUGGAGAAGAUGCCUUACUUUGCUGAUACUGAUUUGGGCGAAAGCCGCAAUCGAUCGGCGAUAGAACUCAACAAACUGCUUCAAAAGGAUGUUGUCAACUUGAACAAGCAUCAUCAUGCGCUCGAAUUGGAUAUGGUGGAUGUUCAUUCCUUAAUACGCGAUAUCACCGCUGAUCCAUUCCUUUUCGACUUCUCCAAUGCGGACUCGGCUUACUUUGAUCGAGAGUUCACUGAAGAACACAUUGACGAAUAUGUAUGGUGGGACAGGACCCAUCUCACUGCAAGUGCUCAUCGUAUUAUUGCCAACAGUAUCCUCAUGGCCGGUUCGUUUAUGCCGGCGACUUCGGUUAGCAAAGAUAUUGUUCAAAAGAUUGAAACCCCCGAUUCUCUGUAUCGAUCCCAGGUAUACCAUGUAUCACCGCAUGCGGGCGUCAUUGAACGAUUAGUGGAAGAACUGAACCAGAAGCCUGUGGUGCCACCGCCGCAACAAGCAUUGGAGGAUGAGGAUGAACCAUAUACCUUGACUCAAGCUUACGGGUUGCUGAGCAUCGGCGCUUUGUUAUGUGUUGCGUUUGUGGUUUGGAUCAAGCGACAGCGGAAUAAGACUCAUGGAUGGAACAACUACUCGGCGUUUGGCCGAUCGUCCAACCGUGGACGGUUUGUACCACUGCAUAACAGUGAAAUGAUGGAAGCAUAAAAAAUACCAG